AUGGCUGAAGAUGGAUCACCCAAAAUUUAUGCUCAUCCACCAAGAGAAACCAGUAAAACACCAACAGAAGCAGCCAUUUUCUUCGGGGCUGACAACACCAUUCCUAAAUCAGAAACAACAAUUACCUCUGAAGGAGACCACAUUACUUCAGUAAAUGACUGCACACCAGAUGGUGAUUUUUCUACUACAGCCAACAAGCUCACACCUACAAAGGAAAAAGUCAAGUUAGAAGAUGAUAUUGAGGCCACUCUGAAGUCAACAACUCCUCAAGAGAAAGAAAUUACUGCUCCAACUGAAACUACAAACUCAAAAGUGGAGUCGAUUACUGAAAAUUUCAUUCCAGUGAAAAUGGUAAACAUCUCAACCCCAGUUGCUACUGUUUCUUUAAUAGAUUUUUCUAGUAACAUGGCAAAAGAAGAUAUCCUCUUAACCACCACUGACACAGAAGACGAGCUCUCUGGCACCUUGCAGGACAACCCUGCCAAUUUGAGGGACACUUCUGCACUUCCAGAUGAAAAAACAAAAACUGAGACUAGUUCCUCAACCACUUGCAACAAUCCUGAUGAUGGAGCUGUUCAGGUCACUGACUCCUUAAGUCCUGAGGCUGAGAUACCUCCCUCUACUGAAAAAGAGGUUACCACCACUCCAGACAUAACCAAAGUUACAGAAGAGAAUAUAACUGAAAUUGACCUGAUUGUUUCAGAGGAUAGCCCCAAAGCUGUGACUAAAUUAACUGACUCAGAUGAGGAAAAAUUUAUCACUGUUUUUGAACUCACUAACUCUGCUGAAAAAGCCAAAGAUAACCCAGAAGAUACUUUUACUGAUGAGGAAUCGACUGAUGGAGCUAAUGAUUGGAUGGAUAAAGAGACUCUGAAUGAAGUAGAGACCCAUUCUGUGUUGCUUACUGCUGUUGAAUCCAGGUAUGACUUCAUUGUCCCUGCCUCAGAAGCUACAGACCUCAUGGAGGAACCAACCACUGACACACCAGAAGAUCUGUGUGAAAAUGAUAUAACAGAAUCUGUAACUAAGGUCCCAGAGGAGUUUCCUGAAGUGACCUCUACACACAAGGAGGACUCUUCUACCCCUAACACGGGUAUCUUCAAAUUGCUGAAAGAAGAUCCUGAUGAACUAAUGAUGUAG